CAAUGAGUGCAAAUCAUAGACGCUAGACGCUAUUCACCUACUUACUUACACACAUGACACAAAUUUUUAAUGACAGAAAGUUAUCGUUAUCAUAUUCGUUUGCGGUACAAAUUUUUUACUAACAAUGACUUCACAAUAAUAGAUAUCGUGUAAUUUAACUGAAAUAAUACACAUCAAAAUAUGAUUGAUACGUGGAGCUUGUGAUUAUUAAACAAAUACCUAUUUGCAAUAAUUACAAUUGCAUUGAGGUGUAAUUGAUGAAAUACAUAUAAAUGUACAAUGUGUAAACCUAAUAUUGAAGUAUAUAUGAUAAAUAAGGUUAACUUAUAAGACGAAAAGAUCUCCAAAAUUCUGUGAUUUCUUAAUACGCUAUUAAGCAUAAAACUUUGACUAGUCAUCGUAUGCAAAUAAAUAUUGCUUAAUUCAUACGCAUGUCAUAGUUUCUCAGGCAAAUAUGGUAUCUUCAUGGUGUUAUUUCAUAUUACCAGUAGUUUUAUUUAUUGGAUUACUUCGAAAAUGUCGUGAACGAACAUGGGGAAGAUGUAAAAAUACAGACAGUUUGUUAGGUCGAGUAUUCAUUGUGACGGGUGCCAAUUCUGGUAUUGGUAAAGAAAUAGUAAAGGAGUUAGCUAAAAGAAAAGCUACAGUCAUUUUAGCUUGUAGAAAUUUACAAACUGCUCAAAAUGCGAUGUCCGAUAUACGCACUCAAAUAUCUACUGGAGAAUUGGUACCGAUGGAAUUAAAUCUAGCAUCGUUUGCAUCAAUCAGGGAAUUUGCUAGAGAAGUAAUAAAAAAUUUUGCAGAGGUUCAUGUUUUGAUUAAUAAUGCCGGAGUAUACGUUCCUUUUAAAGAACAUGCUUCAACCAAUGAUGGAUUUGAAAUUCAUUUUGGAGUAAAUCAUUUAGGUCACUUUUUGCUUACAAAUUUACUUCUGGAACAUUUAGAACGAAAUGGGCCAAGCAGAAUUAUUAUCGUGACGUCUAAACUUUUUGAAUCUGGGAUAAUUGAUUUUUCAAAUCUAAAUGGGGAGAAGGGUUUGGUAGUCAAAGGACGCAUGAAUCCCGCGUAUUGCAAUUCAAAAUUGGCAAAUACUUAUUUUGGUAUUGAACUUGCAAAACGCACAGAGAACAGUGGUGUUAAUGUUUACAUGGUUUGUCCUGGAUUCACUUACACAGGAUUAUUCAGAAAUGUGAAAAGGAGUUGGUUUCAUUAUAUCAUUUUUUCACCUGUCGCUCUAUUAUUUUUACGUACUGCAAAUCAGGGUGCACAAACUGUAUUACAUUGUGCAAUAGAACCUUCAUUAUCCAACGAAAGUGGUAAUAUUUACCGUGAUUGUAAACUUUAUGUUUCGAAGAAGAAACUAGACUCUGACGUAGCACUACGCUUAUGGGAUGUGAGUGUAAAAUUAACUGGAAUGACUGAAUCUGUAAAAUGAAUAUUUUUAUGUAUAUUACAUACAUUAUUUUACUUUUAACGUAAUAUUAGUGGCCGUUUAAUAUUUAUUUUUAUAUGUAAAUAUCAUAGCAUAAUGAUAUAGUAACAAUGGAGAUAUUACUACCACAAAUCUUAUAAGAAAUGGUAACAUAUUUUUGUUUGCAUUGUUACAAAUAAAAUAUCUCACUAUAUAAUUUUUUAAAAUA